AUGAGUAGCACCAUGGCUACAGCUCCUUCGAGGCCACUUCCGCCUAUAAAUACCAACAGUAACAUUAUGAAUGAAAACAUCGAAAAUACACAAAUUUAUUCUGCCAAAUAUUCUGGUGUAGAAGUUUUUGAAUUACUACAUUCUACAGGCUCCAUAAUGAAAAGGAAAGCGGAUAACUGGGUUAAUGCGACACAUAUUUUAAAAGCAGCAAAUUUUCCCAAAGCUAAAAGAACCAGAAUCUUGGAAAAAGAAGUUAUAAAUGACAUACAUGAAAAGGUGCAAGGUGGGUUUGGCAAAUAUCAAGGAACUUGGAUCCCUUUACACUUGGCUGAAAAAUUAGCUGCCAAAUUCAAUGUUCAUGAUGAACUAAAACCAUUAUUUGAUUUUGUACAAAAAGAGGGAACUGCACCACCUCCACCAGCGCCAAAACACCAUCAUGCAACUAAAAAUAGUAAUGGCCGGAAUUCUGGUAAUAGUUCAGAUAACACAAAAAAGCGAGGUAAGUCAGGAGCCUCUACUAGCAUUAACAAUGGAGCAAUAAAAAAAGCUAAAUUAUUAAAUAAUGACAACGGUGGUAUUAGCAGUAAUAACAGUAGCACAGCUAGUUUGGUAAACAAUAACAAUACCAAUGGUACUAAGAAUAGCAAUUCGACGAGCGACUCUGGUUCAACCACGCCCACCCCCGGCAUACUAACCUCAAAUACAAAAACAGGUAAUGACAAUGAUAACGGUAGUAAUCAGGCACCGAUCAAGCAAACUAAAAGGAGAGGUCGGCCUCCCUUAAAUAGGAAUGUCAGUAAGAGUUUAACUAAUGGGAUUAGUGGUAAAGGAAACAACACUAAAGAUAGCAAUAACAAGCUUAAAAAACCAAUAAAUUUAUUACGGAGAUCUAAAACUGAUAUGUCUUCGUUGUUAAAUGCAAGUACUUCAUUGCAACAGGUUCAAGAUGACAGUACGAGUAGCACUGCCUCAAAUAUAUUAUCACAAUUUCAAUUACCUCCAUUAAUUAGGAAUAAUAGUGGGAUCAACAAGAAUAAUACCAUUAUUAGUAAUAGUAAUAUUGGCAGAGAUUUGCCAAUAACCAUAACACCCGGUCAGUCUUCUUUAAAUGGAAUGAUACAUGCUAGUUUUAAUACGAAAUUUACUCCACUGGAUAUAGACGAUGGUUUAUCAAGUGAUAUUGAACCGGUAACGCCCACAAAGCCAAACAAAAUAAGCAAUACAGAUGAUAAUAAUGGCAAUCCAUCACUGCUUGAAUCUUAUGGAACUGAGAAUAUACAUGAUGAUGCAAAGGUAAAUAUGUCACCAGGAACAACAUUUCAAUUAUCUGAUCCAUAUUUAAACCAAAUAAUAAUGCAUUUGAUAUACUCCACGCCGAUUCCUUCAUGUUUAAAUGGUAUUUCAGGAACAGUUGAUAAACAGAACGACUCAUCUGAUGUUGGCAGCCGCGAUAGAAAAGAUAUGUGUCAAAUUUUUAACGUUAUCAAUGAUCCAAUAGAUAGUGAAGGAAAUACAGUUUUUCAUUGGGCCUGUGCCAUGGGAAAUUAUGAGGUUGUUUAUAAAUUGAUCACAAAUUGUCAGUGUAAUAUUCAUGUUUUAAAUAAAUUGGGUGAAAAUGGUCUCUUUAGAUCAGUUAUGUUUCAUAAUUCAUACACCAACAGGACUUUUCCAUCCAUAUUGCAGAUUUUAGCAAACCAACAAAUUAAGUCGAGGAAUAAUAAAGGUGAAAGCAUAUUUCAUUACAUAGUUAGGAGAAAAAGUAGUACGCCUAGUGCUGUUUAUCAUUUAAGCACUAUUAUUGAGUUAAUUGAUUAUGAAAUUGUUAAAGAAUUGUGUAAUUAUCAAGAUUAUUUUUCGGGUAAUUCACCUCUUCACCUAGCUGCUAUGAAUAAAGACCAAGAUUUCUUGGAAAUUUUAUGCUCUGUUGGCGGUUUAUUGACUUUAAAAAAUAACAUGGGCAAGACUCCCAUAGAGUUAAUUAAUGAUAAUUUGCAUGUAUCAUAUAAUAAUAAUAAUAAUAAUAAUAAUAAUGGUAUUAUUAAUGGUUUUAGCCGCGAUUUAAGUAUAAAUAUUGGUAAUUCUGGAGGUGUUAAUAAUAAUAAUAAUAAUAAUAAUAAUAAUAAUAAUAAUAAUAAUAAUAAUAACGUUGGUAUUAUAGCACCGCCGCCCACCUCUUCAUCUGUGGUUCUUUCAUACGGGGACAAUGUUAGUAGUACUAGCACUAAUAAUAAUAGUGAUUUUAAUUCUACCAACAUAAAUGAAAACCAGAAUAAAGUUAAGACCAAGAUUAAGUCAAAUUAUGAUACUAGGGAUAAAACCAAAAGUGCCGAUGAAAGUUUUAUGAUUCAUUCCUCUCAAGUUACUACUAUGAUUCAUAAAGACAUUUUACCUAAAUUAAAACAGGAUUUUGAAAAGAUAGGAAACGACUAUGAUAUGUUGGCCAAAGAACGCAAACAUAAAAUUAAUGAAUUGAAAAGUAGUUUAAAGGGUAUGAGUAGAACAAUUAAAUGUUUGGAAAAUAAGUUUAUCGAAGAAUCUUGUUCGUUAGUUGCUGACAGCAAUAAUGUUAUUACUGGUUCUGUUUCUGCUUUUAAUGUUAACAGUAGCGAUGGCGAGAUCAAGACCCAAAUUAAUGUUGAAUUAAAGAAGAUUGAAAAAGAUUAUUCUCAAUUGCAAGUAAAAUUUGAAAAGCUCAAACAUCGACAAUUACUUAAGCUAGAAAAAUUGGAAAAAAUAAAAUUAAAGGAGGUAUAUGAUAAAUGUUUGGGAAAUGACCCUAUUACGUCUACAAAUGUUGAUAAUGCAAACAUUGACAAUUUAAAUAUCAAAGAUUUGAAAAAACUAUGUAUUUUACAAUUAAAAAGAAAACAAGAGAUAGAUAAAAUAUUAAAAGUUGUUGUUAAUAAUGACAAGAUGUAUAAAUAUAGAAGAAUGAUAGCUGAAGGGAGCGAUAUGGACGUUAAUGAAGUUGAUCUUUAUUUAGAUGAGAUUUUGCAAACAUUAAGUAUAUAA